GCGCAGAUUAAACACAUUUCACUUUCCAUCUUAUUCAGACUUGUCGCGGGCGACAUCACCUCUCUUGCGGAGACUUGGAUAACUGUUUUGAUCUGCACUUCACUCUUACCACAGACCACUUCUUCUCAUCACGAGGCUGCACAGGCACCACUACAUUGCGAGAUGGACGCUAUUCCCGAGCACGAGACGAGUCAGCCCGUCGCGACUCAAGAAUCACAGACGGCUUCAGAUUUCAUUGAUCAGCAGCUAGCCCUCGAAGCCGACGCCCGAGAAGUCCUCCCAUACAAAUUCGACAAGUGCACAAACAUUCUAGGCCCUUUGCGCCAAACAGUCUUCGCAUGCCUCACGUGCAGUCCGCCACCCGCAUCGCCCGCGCAAGUCUACACACCCGCAGGAGUCUGCUAUGCAUGCUCUAUAUCCUGCCACGGCGAACACACCCUUGUCGAACUAUUCAGCCGACGGAACUUUGUCUGUGACUGCGGCACGUCAAGACUCCCAUCGACCUCAUCCUGUACACUACGCUCCAAUCCAGCCACAGGCGCUCGAGGCGUACAUUCUCAAGAGCCAGCUCCAGGCAAUAAGUACAACCACAAUUUCCAGAACCAUUUCUGCGCAUGCAGUGAAGAAUAUGAUCCACAUACAGAGAAAGGAACAAUGUUCCAGUGUCUUGGUCUAGGCACUUUAGAGACAGGUGGUUGUGGCGAAGACUGGUAUCACCCCGAAUGCCUCAUGGGCCUUGGUAGAGACUGGUACAAGAAGGCGGAAACAAAGCAGGAGGAUCAGGCCGCGGGAAAAGAGGAGGUAGACAAUUCCGACCAUCCCGUACCACCCGGAUUCCCUAACGAGGACGAUUUCGAAUACCUGAUAUGCUACAAAUGCGUCGAGUCCAAUCCCUGGAUCAAACAAUACGCCAGCACACCAGGCUUUCUCAAGCCAGUCUUCAGAAAAGACGCAGAGUCAUCACAGGAUGCCAAACAACUGGUGCAGGACACAUUAGCAACGAACGGAACAAGCUUGAAACGCAAAGCCUCAGAUAGCCACCUCGACAACCCUCCCGCAAGCCCAUCUAAACGCGUUAAGGACGAUCAAAGCGACCAGCCUCCCACAUCCGCAGCACCCGCACCGUCAGACCCAACUGCAACGACCGAGGCGCAAACAACCCAUAAACACGACGAACUCCCACCCGCACCGAGCGGCACAUUCUCCCUCUUCUUACAAUCCGACUUCCGCGAACACAUCUGCCACUGUCCAAAAUGCUACCCCAAUCUCAUCCCACACCCACAGCUUGUCGAAGAGGAAGAGACCUACGAACCCUCCCUCUCCAACGAGUCAGCCUCUCAGCCCGAGAACGCAGGCUCUGGAGGUCCUCGCUCCCAAGGCACCGCGAGCCUGCUCGAUCGCGGUGAGGCUGCGCUAUCGAACAUGGACCGCGUCAAAGCGAUCGAGGGCGUCAUGGUGUACAACCACCUCCGCGACAAGGUCAAGGAGUUCUUGAAACCGUAUGCUGAAAGUGGACAAGCGGUGUCCGCAGAGGACAUCAAAGCUUACUUCGAGAAGCUGCGCGGAGAUGAGUCCGCGAUCAAAGAUGCCAGUGCAAAGCCGGUCGAUGGGAGCGGCGAUGGCGAUGAUAACAGGCGAGAGCAGUCUGGGUAUUGAGAGCGGACUUUUGGCGAAUAUCACAAAAGCCAAAGGCUGGCGGAGAGCCUUGGGUAGAGACCAUAUGGGACGAAUCAUAUGCUUCUCUCCUGCUUCAAUGUAAACGUAUCUACGCAAAUAAUACGAAGCCACACUUCUGGACCCCUCUUAGCCAGAACGACUGACUGUCGAAAC